AUGAUGUGUCAUGUGCUGUCUACGUGUCACGUAAAAUGUUUUUGCUCUGUAUUUGUUCAUGUUCAGAGAAAUGAGGGAGGGUUGGAUUUUGCUACUAGACACUGUUCUAUAGUGCGUGGCUUUUUGGCUGUAACCUCGGCGCCAGGUUUAUCGGGCAGGUGAUGUGCACGCGUGCCUCCGUGGCUUUGGCCGAGGCAUCCUAGGGCCGCCAGGUGCAGUGGGCGGGGCCGGCCAGGCACGGGCGCAAUGUGACGGCAGGCGCGUACUCUGUUGCGGUCACCGGAGCGGCAGGCGGCGACUUUUAUCAAACAUCCGGGUGUCGUGCGAAAUGCGCAGGCUCACCGCUGCAGCUGUGUGUGAAAGAGCGAGAGAGAGAGAGAGCGCGCUAGAGAGAGCAAGACGCAGCGGGACAGUGGUCGGUGGAGGAGAGAACUAUAUCGACGCUUUAUGCGACCACUCCGGUUAAAGCAUUAAAAUAGAGUAUCCACAUUUACGAGCUGGCAUACACAUACUGCUCCGGUGACGGCCGAAUAUUCGGACAUGGAGACCGCAGUGACAACACGGGAUAAAAUGUGAGAUUUUUAUUAAGAAUAACCAAAAAGCCAGCGAGUGUGGCGUACCCCCACCACAUCCCCUGAUCUUUUCCGGGAGAUCUGAUUCCGUGUGGUCGGUCCUGCGUGGCAUCGCGUGCUCACGGAGAGGAGCAUGAAGAAGUUUAACAUCCGGAAGGUGCUGGACGGACUAACAAACGUGUCUUCUGCCACGCCGUCGCAACCACUGGGCGUGAGGGAGAACGACCUAAUCCACGAGACGCUCCAGUCGGAGCACUUCCAGCUCUGCAAGACUGUCCGUCAUGGCUUCCCCUAUCAGCCCUCGGCUCUGGCCUUGGACCCUGUCCAGAAGCUCCUGGCCAUCGGAACACAGUGCGGAGCUCUACGGAUAUUUGGCCGACCAGGAGUGGAGUGUCACUGUCAGCAUGAGAGCGGAGCAGCCGUCAUUCAGCUCCAGUUCCUCAUUAACGAGGGAGCGCUGGUGAGUGCCCUGGCAGAUGACAGCGUCCACCUCUGGAAUCUACGACAGAAGAGACCAGCAGUGCUCCAUUCACUCAAGUUCAGCAAGGAGAGGAUAACGUUCUGCCACCUGCCGUUCCAGAGUAAGUGGCUGUACAUAGGCACUGAACGCGGGAACAUCCACCUCGUCAACGUGGAGAGCUUCACCCUCUCAGGGUACACCAUCAUGUGGAAUAAAGCCAUCGAGCUCUCCUCCAAGGCUCACCCUGGCCCAGUGGUGCACAUCAGUGAUAACCCCAUGGACGAGGGGAAGCUGAUCAUUGGAUAUGAGGGUGGUAUCGUCGUGUUGUGGGACUUAAAAUCAAAGAAGGCAGAAUGCCGUUACACAUACGAUGAGGCUAUCCACUCUGUGUCCUGGCACCAUGAGGGAAAGCAAUUCAUCUGCAGUCACUCUGAUGGCUCGCUCACCAUCUGGAACACCAAGAACCCCGCCAGACCCCAACAGACAAUCACCCCGCACGGAAAACAGCCCAAGGAUGGGAAGAAGCCAGAGCCGUGUAAACCUAUCCUCAAGGUGGAGUACAAAACCACUCGACUUGGAGAGCCCUUUAUAAUCCUGUCAGGCGGGCUGUCGUAUGACACAGUGGGCCGACGGCCUUGCCUUACGGUGAUGCACGGCAAGAGCACGGCCGUUCUGGAGAUGGACUACCCCAUCGUGGACUUCCUCACCCUCUGCGAAACGCCCUACUCCAACGAUUUCCAGGAGCCAUAUGCAGUAGUGGUCCUGCUUGAGAAAGACUUAGUUGUCAUCGACCUUGCACAGAACGGGUACCCCAUCUUUGAGAACCCGUACCCCCUGACUCUGCACGAGUCUCCGGUGACGUGCUGUGAGUACUGCGCUGACUGCACAGUGGACAUCAUCCCUGCACUUUAUUCUGUGGGCCUACGCCAGAAACGCCAGGGCUACAGCAAAAAGGAGUGGCCCAUCAGUGGGGGUAACUGGGGUCAGGGCACACAGAGCUAUCCUGAGAUAGUCAUCACGGGGCAUGCCGAUGGGUCAUUGAAAUUCUGGGACGCCUCUGCAAUAAUGCUGCAGGUGCUGUACAAGCUGAAGACGGCUAAGGUGUUUGAGAAGAGCCGAAGCAAGGAUGACAAGCCGAGCACUGAGAUUGUGGAUGAGGACCCCUUUGCCAUCCAGCUGCUAGCCUGGUGCCCGGAGAGCAGAGUGCUGUGUGUGGCCGGGGUGUCUGCACACAUCCUUAUCUACCGUUUCAGUAAACAAGAGGUCACCACAGAGGUCAUACAGUUGUUGGAGGUUCGUAUGCAGUAUGAGCUGAGCGAUUUGGACUCUCCAGAUGUGGGCGGAGACCAGACGCAGGUGGCUCCCACUUCUAGCUCCUCCCCCAGCCCCCAAGCAGCCGCCACUCCGACACGCCCAUCAACCAGCAGCAACAACUCAGACCACACCAGAGAUAAUGUGCCCUGCCUCAAGGUGCGUAGCUCGUCUCUGAAGCAGUCAGCGGGAUAUCAGGUGGAACUGGUGGUGCAGCUGGUGUGGGUGAGUGGGGAGCCGCCGCAGCAGAUCAGCAGCCUAGCCAUCAACUCAGCCUACGGCCUUAUGGUGUUUGGCAACAGCACAGGUGUGGGGGUGGUGGACUACCUGCAGAAGACGGUUCUGCUCAACCUGAGUACAGCUGAACUCUACACCACCAACGACCCCUUUCAGAAGCAACCACGCUCACCGCGCAAGAGCAGACAGCCCUCAGGAGGUCUGUGUGACAUUAAUGAGGGCUCCGCCACAUCAGACGACCGCUGCAAAUCUCCCACCUCAGUGCUGAGCUCAAAUCAUCAGCAGUUCUACAAUGGAGCAGGCAAAGCAAAGAUGUCCAGGAAACUAAGCUUGCCCACUGAGCUUAAGCCAGACUUGGUCCUACUCUCUGUAUGUGCCUCGCGGGCCCCCGUCCCCCUAGACCACCGGGACAACUCCUUCAGCCGCUCACGGAGCUCCAGUGUGACGAGCAUCGACAAGGAGACGCGCGAGGGCAUCACGGCGCUCUGCUUCUGCGAGACGAUGGCACGGCGGUCCGAGGGCGGAGGGGUGCAACCAGCCCUGUGGGUUGGCACCUCGCUGGGCGCCGUGCUCACUGCCACCCUCAGCCUGCCCCCUGCUGGAGAGCAGAGGUUACUGCAGCCUAUCAUCGCUUCGCCCAGCGGUGCUGCGGUGCGUCUGAAGGGCAGUAUCCUGCGCAUGGCCUUCCUGGAUGCUGCCGGGGUCUUCCAGUGCCCCCCGUACGAACAAUGGUACGAGCCCAACGCAGCUGAGGAGGAACGUACCAGGCGCCGGCGCGGGGGUGGCCUGGCCUCACCCUCCGGAGGCGGCGGUGGGACUGGCGGCGGGGAGGUGGAGAAGGACAGCCAGUUUGCGGUGGUCUGCUCGGAGAAGCAGGCCAAGGUGCUGUCGCUGCCGUCGCAGACGUGCGUGUCUAAGCACAACAUCACCGAGACGUCGUUCUUGCUGCGCUCCGACGUGGUGGUGCUCAACAGCGGCGCCUGCGUGGCCUGCUUCUGCGCUAACGGACACAUCAUGACACUCAGUCUCCCCUACCUGCGGCCGCUUCUGGACGUGAACUACCUGCCUCUGACAGACAUGCGCAUCGCUCGUACCUUCUCCUUCUCUAACCUAGGCCAGGCUCUGUAUAUGAACUCCCCCACCGAGAUCCAGAGACUCACCUACAGUCAGGAGGUCUGCGAGAACCUGCAGGAGAUGCUUGGGGAGCUGUUUACCCCAGUGGAGACUCCUGAGGCACCCAAUCGGGGAUUCUUCAAGGGCCUGUUUGGAGGCGGGGCCCAAGUGUUAGACAGGGAGGAACUAUUCGGGGAGACAGGCGCGGGUAAAGCCCCCCGCAGUUUGGCUCAGCACAUCCCAGGCCCUGGGGGCAUCGAGGGCAUGAAGGGGGCGGCCACGGGCAUCAUGGCAGACCUGGCACGGACCCGCCAGGCGCUGGACGAGCGAGGGCAGAAGCUGAGCGAGGCGGAAGAGAAAACGGCCGCCAUGAUGACCAGCGCUGACUCUUUCUCCAAACACGCACACGAGAUGAUGCUGAAAUGUAAAGACAAGAGGUGGUACCAGUUCUGAGGUCUGGUGCCGGAGGGACGCCAUCCUGCCCUUCCCCGUCCCUCAGACCUGCCUUCUUCCGCCCCUCUCUCCACCUCUCCUUCGGCCAGGCGCGCCCGAUCCCUCGUUCCCUUGCCGAGCACAAUGAUAAACUUGCCUCAGUAUGGACUGGGGAGCGGAAGGGUAGAAGCCAUCUCUGUGGUGUUCUUUUUUGUCUUUCGGGAGUUUCCAUGUGGAAAUCUGUCUGUUUUUUCGUUUGUUUCUUUGUUUCUUUUUGUUUUACGUCCCUCUUCCGUGGCGGCUUUGGGGUCCCGACGGCAUGGAGACGUCCACAGAGCAGAUAAACAAAAACAAUUACAAAAAAACGAAUACGUAAAAAGACACGUCUACACACAAUAAAAAAAGAUGUAAAAAGUUGGGAAAAUAAGUAUAUACAUAAUUCUAUAUAAAUCUCUAUAUCAACCUAUAUAAAGGAUCAACACUGUAUACACCAGAAACUUUACCCCCUCCCUCCUUAAGGAGAGCUCACAGCAUUGGUCAGAGCAAUAGGAAGUGCCAUGUUGUCACCCAACAUGACAUCACAGGAAGUGAUGCAAAAGGAAGUGACAUCAUAGGAAGUGAUGCAAAAGGAAGUGACAUCAUAGGAAGUGGCAGUACAGGAAAUAACACGGCAAAGCAGAGGAUGUAAUGUCACUCCCGAAGAACAAUUGGAUCUUUUUCUUUUCCCUCUCUCCACCUGCGGCUGUCAGGACUCCUCCCUCAUCAUUUUUACGGUCUUUAAAGCAAAACUGCUCCGUUCUGGGCUUUUGAUUUAUUUUUGUUUCCUUCACAUAAUGUGUUACUUACUUUCUUGGUCAAUGGAUUGUUUCCCCUGAAAUGUAUGUGAAUGUGUCAUGUCUCCUGUAAGUGUUACGGAAGUGAACCACCCUGUUAUUUAUGUAUUUAUAUUAUUUAUUUGCUCGUAGUCUUCUUUUCGUGUUGCAAAUGUAUUUUUGUAAUGCGUUGUCCUGCUCAGUGCUCUUUGUUUAAGGGCUGUGUGUUUGUGUGUGUGUGUGUGUGUGUGUGUGUGUGUGUGUGUGUGUGUGUGCGUGUGUGCGUGUGUGUGAGAGAGAGAUAGAGAGGGAGAGAGAAAGAGAGAGAGUAGAGACAGAAAAAGAAAGAGUUGGUGGAAAAAACUGUGUAUUGUAUGACCUGGGAUUUCAUGAGGGAGAUUUGUAUGUGCGUGUCUGUGUUCUCUGGUCAUUUAGAUUUAGAGUGUUUGUAGAUGUUUCGAACUGCCUUUGGGAAGCUAAUGCACUUAUAAUAUGAGGAUAGGAGUAAAGAUGGGUUAUUGCGUAUAUUUGUUUGUGUGUGUCCAUGGGUGGGUGGAAAACUGUGUGUGUGUGUACGUGGGUGUGUAAGUGUCUGUGGGUCAAUUUCAAUUCCUGAGGAAGAACAUUAGGACCGAACUCUGAUCAAGAGUGUGUGCUGCUCUCUCUUUCUCCCUUCAUCCCGCCCUCCUCUCUUUCCCUCCACCACUCUCUGUUCCUCAUUCUCUCUCUCACCCAUGAUGGUCCCUCUCAAAGGGCAAAGAGUGUGGAACCAUGGGAAGUGUAGUGUGGAGACCCCAAGGAAGAUCACUUGUGGGAGUGCACAAUAAACUACACUCACUCCUCCCAAGGACCAGAAAGGAAGAGUAUGUGUUGCAGACAUAAUCAUACUUUGUGUCUCUGUCUUUCUCUCUUAACACACACACAGACGUACACCAACCCCCCUCCACCACACACAAAUGCAGUACUUGUUUAACUCUGAGUGUGUGUGUGUGUGUAAGAGAGAGAGACAGAGUGUGUGAGUGUGUCUGUGUGUAAACAGUGCAUCUAGGCCAUAUUGUGUAUAGGAUGCAAAAAGAGGCACAUCCAAAAUGAUCCCUGUGUUUUUAGUAUGGAUACAGUGCCAGAGAGUUCAGCCAUAUUUGCGUGCGUGUGUGUGUGCGCGUGCGUGUGUGUGUGCGCGUGCGUGUGUGCGCGCGCACGCGUGAGAGAGAGAGAGAGAGUAAGUGAGUAACAAACAAACAUCAAUCUUGUUAUGUUUGACGUUUUUGUACAGAUGCCACCUCUGGCUAUCUGGUGUAUAACUGUGGCCAUAUCUUUUGCAUCGUUCUGUAAAUACAAGAAAAGAAAGAAAACGCGACAAUCCAGACGAACCCUCCCUCCCUUUGCAGAAGUCAAAGUGACUCCACAAUCAGUUGCCAUAAUUUUUAUGCCAGACGCCAAAGAUUUAGUUUUCCCGUUGUCUGUUAACAUGUUAAAUGUAACGCAACAGGAGCCGCCAUGUUUGCUACUGGUCAUGUGACUGUCUACUCCUUGAGAACAGGCUUGGGCCAGAUCGUUGCCUAACCUGAGCCGGAUCAGGGGCAAAGGCAAGGGUUAGCUAUUCGGCCUUAUCUGCUAUAAUGUUUGUUGCUGGUCAUGUGACUCAGCCCAGAUAUGGCUCAGAUCUCACCCCGACUUGGGCCGGGUUAGGGCCGACUCAGGGCCAGAUCUGUUCUCCCAUCUCAUCUGUUGUCUCACAGGAGUCCAGGGCAUUUCCUUGCGUCAUUGUUUUCGGUCGUAACAAGCACUGACAGUCUGACAGUGCUGUGGGCUAUGUUCGAUAGCCGCUCCAACAAGUUGUGGUCCUGUACUUCCAUUCUGCACUGCAGGCAUACUGUCAGAUCUGUGUGGAACUGCUGAACCAAAAAUUAUAAAUUAGAAUCAGUGUUGCCAUGUCACCUUGUCAGAAAACGGGCAGCAGAACAGCCAUCUUUCAAGUUUGCCCGAUAUCAGAUGUCACUGCAGCCUUGAACUCGACAACUUCAGAGGAAACAUGCGGAAAGCCGUUUGGCUGGUUUCUUUCCAUGUGGUGCUGUGUGGUUGGGCCCAGGUGUGGUUGGGCCCAUGUGGUGCUGUGUGGUUAUGCCCACGUGGUACUGUGUGGUUCAGCUCAUGAUGUGCUGUGUUGUUCGGCCCAUGCGGGCUUAUUGUGCCAGUGUGGCGGUAUAUGGUGGUAUUCUGCCAGUGCGGUCCCCUGUAGUGUCUGGCUCAGGAGCGGAUCGGUUCUGGUGCCGUCCCAGACCUGGGCCGAAUCCAUUUCAGAGUGGUGAUCCAUUCCACCGUGGGGUAGAGCAAAGGGUGCUGAGUGUUACUGGGCACGAGGUUUGCUGGCCCAAAAAAAUUUAGUAUUACUGUCAAGAGAUGGAGCUCUGUCUGCUGUCUCUGACCAGACUGUAGUUUGUAUUAAAAGGCGAGCUGUGUCUUCAUGGCGCCCACAUUUAAAGACAACCACCAUAGGCAAAGGCUGGACGCAGCUGACCUGAGCCCAAUGCACUCUGGGUUGUUGAGUGACUGGAUACGGGUAGACUUCAAUAGCAAUACACAAACAGACUGAUAUAUGUAUACUGGAUACGUCAAGGAUCAAGAGAAACCAGAGAAAAAGUCCCAUGUCUGAAAGCUGUUUAGGCAGCACAGCGGCAUAGAGAAGGGCAAGUCUAAAGGUUCCGUGCCUUGUGUUAUGUUAUGACAGGAAGAUGGUGAUUGGGUGCUAAGGCCAUGGGCUACGGAAGUGCACCGAUGUGGCACGGCCAAACU